GCCGGGAGCCGCGCCGAGCCGAGCCGAGCCGGGAGCUCCGAGCAGCGGCCCGGGCCCCUCUGAGUCGGUCUGGUCCCUCAUUCCAGUGUAGAAAUUCAUCAGUUGAAGUUAUGCGCUUGACCGGGAAGAACCGCGCUGCUGGCACCUCGGGGACCCUGUGAACUGAAACGGGAAAGGAGCCCGCCGGCAGGUGGAAUGGGGCAGCCAUGAACGGCGAUGCCCUGUGCCAGGAGCCCUCCUCCCCGCUCCCCGACUGGAGGGAGUUCUGCGAGCUGCACGCCCAGGCAGCCGCCGUCGACUUCGCCCAAAAGUUCUGCCAGUUCCUGAAGGAGAACCCCCACUACGACACCCCCGGGGCAGAGACCUCCUUCUCCCACCAUUUCGCCGCCAACUUCUUGGACAUCUUCAGCCUGGAGGUCAGCCGGGUGUUCGUGUCCGACUCCCCCACCAAGUACAACAUCGUGCCCUUCGUGGGGCUGCAGAACUGCCACGUCCCCUACGGGCGCGAGGUCACCCCGAGGAAGGAGGAGACAUCCACCGAGUCCUUGGACAGCAUGGACCCCCCGUUGGGUGCCGGACGGUACCUGAGCCCGGCCCAGCAAGCGCAGGCACGCAAGGUGUCCUCCUACGGCCAGUCCCGCAGCUCGGAGGACGUCUCCAUCCACGCUGCCGCCAAGCCCAAGUUCAAGAAAGGCUUCUCCCUGAGGAACAUGAGCUUGUGUGUGGUGGAUGGUAUGAAGGAGAUGUGGCAUCGCAAGUCCUCUCCGGAGCCGGGCGCCGAGGCUGCCCCGGGCAGCCGGAGAGCCGAGAGGGAGCCGUGGCCGGCCGGGGGCAAGGAGCCUGGUGACCCACGGGAGAAAUGGACCCACAAGCUGCGCCUGUCCAAGGUGCCCUCCUCCAAGGUGGAGCUGGUGGACAUCCAGAGGGAGGGGACGCUGCGCUACAUGGUGGCCGACGACACGAACUGUGUGGGGAGCUCGCAGUGGCAGAAGUGCCGCCUCCUGCUCCGGAAAGCGGUGAAAGUAGAAGGAGAGAGGUUCCUCCUCGAGUUUUAUGUCCCUCCAAAGGCUUCCAAACCCAAGGUGAGCAUCCCGCUGUCGGCCAUCAUUGAGGUCCGCACCACCAUGCCAUUGGAGAUGCCCGACAAAGACAACACCUUCGUCCUAAAGGUGGAGAACGGGGCUGAAUACAUCCUGGAGACCAUCGACUCCCUGCAGAAGCACUCCUGGGUGGCGGAUAUCCAGGACUGCAUUGACCCUGGGGACAGUGGGGACGACAUCGAGCUGGCGUCCUGCGCACAGGGAGCUUGUCUGCCAGGCAGGGUGUCCUCCUGCAGCUGCGAGUUCCUGGCUGACGAUGUGCCCAGGCCACCAGACAGAUGUGCUCUGCCCGGCGCUCACACCACCGCCACGGCCACUGCCGUCCCCGCGCCCCACAGCCGGGGCAGGGACUCCCUGGGAGAGCUCCUCACCCACGUCCCACUGGAGAGCUUUCUGCAGACGCUGGAGUCCGCCCCCGCCGCCGGCGGGCAUCUCACAGGGGAUGACAGCGAGGCGGAGGCAGAGAUCAACCUCUCCGAUUUCCCCUGGUUCCAUGGGACUCUUUCGCGGAUCAAGGCGGCUCAGCUGGUGCUCUUUGGGGGUGCCCGGAGCCACGGCUUGUUUGUCAUCCGGCAGAGCGAAACGCGGCCGGGGGAGUACGUGCUGACCUUCAACUUCCAGGGGAAAGCGAAGCACCUCCGCCUGUCGCUGAACGAGAGCGGGCAGUGCCACGUGCAGCACCUCUGGUUCCAGACCAUCUUCGACAUGCUGCGCCACUUCCACACGCACCCCAUCCCCCUCGAGUCGGGCGGCGCGGCCGACAUCACCCUCCGCAGCUAUGUCGUGGCCCAGAGCCCGCUGCCCGAUGCCGGCCCCCUGCCAGCCCUCGUGUCACAGCCGCCAGGCUGCCGGGUCGACCUGCCGCCUCCGCACUACUUCUGCAGCACAGCACCCGCUGGCCCGCCAGCCCCACCGCCUGCCGAGGGGGUGGCCGUGGCCCCCGCUGUCACCGUCCCCGCACCCUACCACCGCCUGGAGGGUGCCCUGGGCCCCCGGAGCCGCAGCGACAGUGCCGAGCGCCGGCCAGAGCCCCCCACCACCAGUGCCGAGGACUACCACGAGGCUGACGGUGCCCGGAGCCGGACCCGGGCAGUGGAAAACCAAUACUCCUUCUACUGAAGCCCCCACGCCUGGGGGCUUGGAUGGUGGGGGGAUGCGGGGCACCCAUGCCCCUCACCACUGCACCAGCCUCACCACCUCCUCCUGCCACCACCAGCAACCUAGCCGGGAUGUCCUUAUCGCUCCCUGCUGCUUUUAGGAGCCGUGUCAGCGGCAGGCGAUGUCCUGGCUGGAGCCGGCACCAGCCCCGAGGCUGGGGCAGUGCUGGGGGUUUGGGAGGCUGAAAGGGUCAGUGCCAUUUUGGAGCUUGCAGCCUCUUCUCUUUCCCUCCGGACUAAGAGCUCUUCUGGGGCCAAGCCGGGGUCCCUGCAUCUCUUCCCCAGGGAUGCCCAUCGUGAGAUGGCAGCCUGAAGCUAUGACGGGCUCCAUCCUCCAGCCAAAGCACCUUGGCACGUCCCCUCUGGGGUGAGAGCCCAGUAUGGCCAACAUCCCUUCUGACAUCAUUGCCCUGCAAAUCAGUUGCCAAGGGACUGUGGCAUUUUGGGAUGACAAUGGAAGUGGCAGAUCCCUAUGCCGAGGCUUUUCUCGCACACAUGGAUCUGUGAGCCUGAGAGGGCACUGCUGCAGAGGCAUGAGGGUUUAUCCAGGCUGGCUUUCAGGCUCCCUGAGGCAUGUGUUUCCCACCCUCUGCCAGGAGAAGAUUUUUUCCAAAGCUUAAUGAAUCGCAUUCAAGGAAGGCUUUUCCUGCUGUCCUGCCAUUUCUGUUCCUUUGUCCUUUCUCUCCUUGUUGUACCUAUGGAGAGUCCCUAGAUAACCCCUUUCUUCCUCCCUCUCUUCCUUGCUUUUUCAAAACCUAAGCUCUGCAAGGGCAUCAGCUCAGCCUUCUGCCUUCUCUCUACCGCAGCCAGGCAAUAUUUUCCACUGCUCAAGGCAAACCUUGAAAAAUAUGACAACACCCAUGCCUUGCAUCAGUUAUUAGUCAUUUGGGAUGUCUUGGGGGGGGUCAGACAGAGGCCAGAGGCUGGGUCCAGAGGUAAGGGGCAGCCUCACCCUGCAGGUGCUCAGCUGGGCUCCCAGGAAUGAAAACACUACACAUCUUUAGUAGAUGCUAUUGAAGGAUUACUUUUUUUUCUUCAAGAAAUAGAAAUGCCCAGGAAGAGCAAAAGGAAUGGGGCUGCUGCCAGGUGGGUGAACAGCCAGCUGACAUGGAGGGGCCAGGCCAGGCUGACUGCAGCGACGGGCACAAUUGCCCUCACUGAUGGCUGAAGUCCUUCCCCGCAGAAGUAAAACCCUGCCUGCAAUGGUUGUAGCAGCACUGCUGCUGGGAAGGACCAGGCACUGCAGUGGUCACCGCUACUUGGUGGCUUUCUGAUAGACCAGUGCAGCCACAUGUAUCUAUAGCAGAAAAAAAGAGGUCCCUGGUAGAGGUGAGCCCUGGAAGAGAGUGUAGAGCAGAAACCUGCUGUGGCCAGGUAUGCACUAUCUUGUCAAUGCUUUUACUACAGGUCACUGAAGCUCUUAGGGUGGUUUUACAGGCCAGGCUGCUUACUGGGACUGCGUGCCUUGUAGGGGGUGGGAGACCAUCCAAAAGGGCAGCUUUGCUUGCAGACAAAGUACUCGCACAUCCCUCUUGGUUUGCCUCACACAGCUUAUCUUCCCCAUCACCAGGACUCCUGGCUCCUCAUGUGGCUGCCAGGCCUGGGUGACAGUGCUAGCAGGAUCUGAGCGAGGUGGCUUUGAAGUGUCUGGAUAGGUCUCCAGGUAGAGCAGAUCUCACUGUACCCAGCUAGAAGUUACCACUUAGUGCAAAGAAAGGUACAAGCCAAGCCACAAUCUGCUCAAAACCCCUUGAAUUUGCCUGGAGUUUUGGGUUGGGUCAGAUUUUAUUUUUUUUUUUAGGUGCCUUCUUUCCCGAGCUAGCAAAGCAUGUCCCCAGCGCUGGAGUCGCUUGUCUUUCCCACUUCAAGAGGGCAGCGAAAUUGUUUCCAAGGCUCCUUGCCUCCUCCUGCGAUGUGAGAGCUGCCUUUCUGGCCCAUGGGUGCAUGAGAUGAGGGCUGAUGGAUCUCAUUCCUGCAGCAAAUGCCACCUUCUCCCCAAAUGCAUGGCCCUUCAGAAGGCAACAGGAGCAGUUUGCUCUGGUGGGGGUAUUUCUCUUUCCUCAGCACAGCUAAAACCCAGCUCAGAGGAGCCCAUGCAGCAGGGAGAGGCCAGAUGCUCUUGGCUGAUGGGUUUAACAUGGACCUGCUUCCUUCACACACACACUGUGAAUGAGGGGGCACCUCUGGAAGCAGCACAUUGUCACUCUUGUUCUUCACUGAGGUCCCAAUGGGCCAGGUGGUUGUAGAUGGGAGCACUGCCUUACAGACCUUCAGAUGUUGUCUGAUUUUUCACCUUCUGCAUCACGGGAUAGGAAAAGGAGGGGGAAGCAAUGAUCUACAAGCAAAAUUGUUAAUUUGUAAAUAGGGAAGAGCCUGGAAGUUUACUGUUCUGUAGAAUAAAUUAAUUUUAUUUAAAAAAAAAAAAAAGGGAGGACUUGUUAAACAAAUGGAGAAUUCAAGUUCCAGUUUUAAAAUAAAAUCACUUGCAGAAAGGA